AUAGGACAAUAUGCUACAAUAACACAAUUUUAAAAUUUGAAAAGCAUGGUCAAUUAGCACAAAAAAACGAAGUGGGAUUUCAAAUCUAUAAGUGUGAAUAUAAAUGAAAUGAGUAGCUGUUGGCUAACAGUCACAGGCGUAUUUCAAAAUAAUCGCUUGUGUUGUGUUGUCUUACUGCCUACUCGAUUGACAUUUCCAUGAAUCGAUAAGGAUUUGUGAAAGGAAGUUACUUUGAAAAUGAGGUAAAAAUCAGUUGAAUUAUUUAAUGGAAGGCAUGAUAGCAUCGAAAAAACUGUUAAAAGCAGCUCCAUUAGUGCUUGGCAACGAAAAUGAUGGUGCUAAACCUCGCUUACAAAGUAGCUUACCUCCCGAGGUUCAAGGACAAGCUCAAUGUUACCUGGCAGUAAGAAUUGAUCAAAUAAAAUGGAAAGUUGAGAAGCACCCCAAAAAUGUUCAAGUUUGUCUUCGAUGGUGGGGUGAGAAAGGAAAUGGCACAAUGUUUUGGCCUUCUCCAAGAAAGACUUCAUCAAAUAAGACGACAUCAAAUAGCACUGCUUUGUUUCCAGUUUGUUGUGGACCCAACCAAUUUUCUGCUUAUCUUCAAGAUAUGAAAGCACUAGUUUUGGAUGUUUUCCAUAAGAAGUCGAUGAAACCAUUUGGUAGAGUGGAAAUUUAUGAUAUCUUGGAGUUAAAUGCCACUAAUACUAUCAAUAAAUGGUUUCCUGUGUAUUCACAUUCUGUACAACCUGUGCUAUUUGCAACUCUCCAUGUUGAGCUUAAACUUGAAGCAUUUUAUGGUCAUCAUACAGAGUCGCCAACAGUACCAUUGGCUACAUCAGUAAAAAAUUUUUGUGAAGUACCAGCAGUAAAAACAGUGCCAGGAGUACCAUCAGUGCAAACAAUGUCAGGAGUACCAUCAGUGCAAACAAUGUCAGGAGUACCAUCAGUACAAACAAUGUCAGGAGUACCAUCAGUACCAAUUGUGCCAUGUAUUGAUCAGAGUUUCAACGAUUUACAACCAGACUCGGCAGUGAAUGUUGCUACAAAGAAAUCUGUGGAGAUUUUCAACAAACCGCCCAUAAAGAAUGAAAUUGAUGAUAUUCAAAAUAAUGACACCAAAGAUUUUACAGAUGAUGACGAUGUGAUAAUGACGCUGAUUAAAAAAGGACAAUCUUUAAAGAACUCUAUCCUGGAGUCAAAUCUUAAUACUAGCAAUGCGUUGAUUACGAGAGGCGAUGCUACGAGCCAUCUUUCAAAAAAUGUUUCAAGAGGUCUGUUUGAGGAAAUCCUGAAAUCUGAUUUAGAAAACACGUUUCAUGAAACGACUUUUGAUGAUGUGGAGACUGGUGAAGAGGAACCCGAGUUGUUAUAUGAAUCUUCAUGUAGUCAUGAUAGCAAUUCUGAUGACUCAAUAAUUAAAGAUGAAACAUUACUACAAGAAUUAUUUUACAUGAACAAUAAGUUUAAUGAGUCGACCCAAACUGACAACUUUGAAAGAGAGGUUGACGAGUGUGUCGAUAAAGAUGUAAUAGAAAAUGAAUGUCCUCAAACCGAAGAAGAAAAUAAACUAAAUGAACGAAAGGAAUAUAUAGGAAACACAAGUUCUGCUGCAAAUUUGAAGCCUAAUAUUCAUAGUAUUGAUGAACAUAAAGAGAGCAGUCCUGUUGAUAUUGAUGAUGAUUGUGAGGAUGAACAUGAAAGUACAAUUCCAGUGAGAAAAGAGAAAAAUUAUUUUUUGGCAAAGCUUGGUGUUGAUAGAAUAACUGCCCUUGGAAGAAUUACUGCUGCUAGGGUACACAUCAAUAAGUUGAAUUUGGUCAAAGAACAAGUGUUGGAUCCCACCUUGAAAAGGACGUAUUUUGUUGAGUAUGAGUUUCCUGUUACGACUACUCAGAAACACUCCGAUAGCGACACUGGAGUAGAGAUUACCAGGAUUGUCUCAAGAAAAUUCAGUCCACUAUGUGUUAUGUUCAAUCAUCAUUCAGUUUUUCCUGUUCGUUUUGACUCAAAAUCAAUAAAGUUGUGGAACAAUUAUCAACUAAAAGUGAAAAUAUUUGAACGAAAAUCUGGGCACAAAACACCAAUUAUGAUUGGAGAUGGACAUCUUCGUCUUUUCGACGUGAUUUCAUCCGGGCACCUUCUGUAUGAAAACUUGGUUACAAUUUAUGUUUGCAAUGAUGAAAGUAAUGGAUCAUCAUUGAAGAUGGGGGAUCUUGAGGUGAAAAUUGACUUUUUAUCCAAUGGAAAGGAUUUGAAUUAUAAAUCGCCCAAAAAGGAGCAUGUUAUAUUUGAAAAUGAAGAUGAGCAUCGGAAUGUCUUCAGACGAAUGGAAGGAGAACGAAUACUGCCAGAAACUAAACUUACUGCUCACAAUUAUAUUCUAAAUUCAGAAAAUAAUCCGCCAUCAUUUCCGUUGACAACGCUUCUUUGGGUAUCUAAAGGAAGAAAUAUAACGAGGAGAGGUCAUGGUUUACAGGCUACAGGAAGCAUCAUACGUAAUAACUUCUACCUGAUAUUCCGCAUGUUUUGGUCAAUGGACACUUCACGGUCGUCAAUUUACUGGGGACAAAAUGAUCCUAUAUUUAAUUUUAAACAGGUGUUUCCUGCUUUGCUCACAAAAGCACUUCUAAAUCGAAUGUACAACAAUUUUCUCACUUUGGAAGUCUGGUGCAAACACAGUGGAGCGCAAGACGAUGAGCUCUUGGGAAUUGCUAAACUACCACUACAGCAAUUUUAUUUAUCCUAUAAAGAGGAGAAAACGACAAAAAUGUUGCUUAAAUCAAAGUUCCCAGUUGUUGGGAUUGAUGGUUGGGUUAAUGUAGUCAAUCCCUUUAAUGGUUCAUCACAAGGAGAACUUCAUGUAUUGACUGCAAUGGGUAGUGAAGUUCAAAUUAAAAGGUUAUUUGAUAUAAAGCAAUGUUCUAAUGAAGGAGGUGAUCUUAAACUGAGUGAGAGAUUCCCAAAUAACUUGGAAAGUACAGGCAAGCAUCUCAGUGAAGAAUUUGUCGAACAUUGGUUUGAAAUCUCUAUUCAAAAUGUGAAAAAGUUUCCAAAAUCGAGGAGGCCAUCAGAAAGUGAAGCAGAUUGUUUUGUUCAGUACAACUUUCCUUAUCAGAUUCAUGAUAAAGACUUUGAUUCAAAAUUUGAUUUUAACCAAGAUGUGCCUCGAUUGGAAAAUCAUCGAACUCCAACCACAGUGUACUCAUCAGAGACGACUUUUGAUGACGUUGCUCGCUAUUGUGUUGUAUUACCUCGCGCUUUGCCAGUUCAAAGAUUUUUACUAGCUGCAUAUCUAGGUUCGUGGUCAGCUGUUUCAACUGCAGCUGUUGUCAAUUUUGAUUUGUGGAAAAGAUGCUAUUAUCCUAACGUCAGAGAUCGACUCAUUGCUAAGGCCUCUCUUUCAUUAUCGAAAUUGUGUGGAAUGGUAACGAUGCGAAAGCCGGGUGAAAUUAGCAUUCAAAGCUUCUCGCUUCCUUUGACAUUUUUACCAAAUGAUUGCGAAAAAUCGGAUCCCGACACAUCUCUAGAAGUGGUGAUCAAGUACCGACUGUCUGAACUAGCACGCACUCAUACAAUCCAUAAAACUGAUGAAGUUGAUUUAAGGGAUCACGUUUGCUUGUCAAUUGAAGUCGUUCGUGCAUGCGGUCUCAAGGCUGCAUUAAAUCAGGUGGCGCUGAAGGAUUCCAGCUUGACGUAUGCAUCAGAAGUGGGUGGAAAUAUUUUCGUGAAAAUCAAACUACCGUUCAACAUCAAAAGAAGUGAACGUGUAACGCGGACGAUUGCUAGAACAUUUACUCCAGAAUUUAGUUACAGAAUCGAAUUUAUUCUUCCACUUGUUUUACGCAAUACUGCUAUUGGUCAAGAAACGAGGGAAUUUUCUGGAACCUUAGCUGAAUGUCUUGAAUUUGGAGAAGUGGUCUUUGAAAUUUGGCAUCAAAGACGUCGAUCAAGUUUAGACGAAGCAGAUGAUCAAAUUAUAGUUGGCAAUGCAUUUUGUUGUCGUCAAUUCCAGCAAACCGCCGACGUUCUUCUUGGUGUGGUAAAAGUGCCCUUCCAACAAUUACUCUUCAGCCAUACAGGUAUUCGUGGCUGGCAUCAAAUUCUUGCUUCAACUGAAAAUCUCUCAAAUAACGACUUCGCAAAUAUGUCCGAGAAAACCAUCGGUGGACUGGAAAUAAUCGUGAACUUUGCCGAAUCUUUGGAUCGGGAGAAAAUUAUUGAAAGGGGUCGAGCAGCUGGCUGGUCUCCACCUCUUUGGUACGAGUUGGAAGCUGGCGAAUGGUUAAAUGAUACCUUGGAAAAUGGUUUGAUCAAUGUUGCUCAAGGUGUUACAUUCAUAAUAAAUGUUAGUAAAGUUUGGAUUCCCAAAAAUGUGCUUGCUGACGAGAAAUUGAGACAGGGAGUAAAACAUUUGGGAUGUUACAUUCGUUACAAGUUUUAUGAUACCAAAGCAGUAUUUUCGACAGUUUGCCAAGUAAAAAAUGUGAAGAAUUCUGAAAUUAGUCUAUCGGACAUAAGACAUAGACGAUCACUUCUUGUGAAAUCUAGCCAACCAUUUAUUUGGUACAUUCGAGAAGAACGCUUGGAGAUUCAAGUUUGGCUGUCAAGCAAUCACGAAGGAGAAAAACAUUCAAUACCUCAUAAAAGAGAUAAACUUCUUGGCUCAGCAUUUGUUCAACUGUAUCCUUUAUUAGACGGAUGUAGGAGUAUGUCGCAAAUAAGUGGUCUUUAUUCUCUGUUUCGUAGUAGCGCUGUAGAUCUGCAUGGUGCUCGCUUGCAUGCUCAUUUGACAAUUCAAAAACCAAAUUCGUUUGAAAAGGAUUGGGGCGACAAGCAUAGCAAAGUGGAUGAUGAUAUUUUGUCAACAGAAGCAAGCGUAUCUCAGGACAAAAAACAUAGUAUAUCAAUAGAAAGCCUUGCUGAAGAUGGAAAUGAUCAUAAUAAUGACAUACAACCUUCUGCUUCAAGUGAAGAUAAUGAGGAUGACGUUGUUACGGCGCAUGUCAUUGUUCAACAGGCUCUACAUCUAACGUGCGUGAAAAACCGACAAAAUGAAAGUGUAGAGCCUAAUGCUUACGUCACGUACCAAAAGAACGGUCAGCGGAAUCCCAUAAGAACUAAAGUUGUUCCUUCAUCUGUCUCUCCUCUCUGGGAACAUGAGAAAAUAGUUAAAUUUCGAAAACAAGAAAUUUUCAGUGAGACAUUGGUAUUCAAAGUGUGGCAUCAAUUUGUACCUGAUUGUUCUAAAAUCAUCGACGAAGAUCAUAAAUUAUCUGGAGAAACUGACUUAUCAAUGAACAAACUACUUGGUAUAGCAACUGUUGAUCUAUCUUCCUUGGUGUCCGGGCUUCGACACGUCAUGGGCUGGUAUAAUAUCACAGAUUUUAGUGGACAAGUUCAAGGACAAAUUAAGGUCGGUGUUGUACCUCUACUUUCAGUCUCAUCGAAUGGAAUUUUUACCAAAGUCCAUGAAGAAUCAUCUCCAUUAAGACUUUCGAAUGUUCUGAAUGGUUCUGAACAACAGUGGGUGCAGCAUUCAUUAAAAAUUCCAGACACCACAAAAUCUUUUCUUUUGCGUCAACUAAGACAAAACCUAAAUGAUCUUGAUAUUGUUAAAGAAAACCUAAAUAAAAGAUUAAACGUUGAACUUAAUGCAAAAUCUGAUUGUUGCGUAUUGGAAUCAGAGACACAAUCAGAAAACAGUACGACCAUGCUAUCUACAUUAGCAAAAGGAGAUUGUGAAGUUGACGGUUUUAAAGAAAGAAAAGACAAUUGUGUCGUUGGUGAGAAUUAUAAAAAGGUCGCAGCGCAAUUUUUCCAUGAAAAAGAUUUUGUCCACGAUGGAGAUAAUUCUCACAACACUAGCAUUAAAAAUGUAGAACGUGUUGAUAUUGACGAACACAAUGGCAAUGGUAAACAUGAUCUUGAUGGUAAAUAUGAUCUCGGUGUUAAACAUGAUUUUGAUAGUAAUCAUGAUCUUGAUGGUAAACAUGAUCUUGGUGGUAAACAUGAUCUUGAUGGUAAACAUGAUCUUGGUGGUAACCAUGAUCUUGGUGGUAAACAUGAUUUUGAUGGUAAACAUGAUUAUGGUGGUAGUCAUGAUCUUGAUGGUAAACAUGAUUUUGAUGGUAAACAUGAUCUCGGUGGUAAACAUGAUCUUGGUGGUAAUCAUGAUCUCGGUGUUAAACAUGAUUUUGAUGGUAAACAUGAUCUUGGUGGUAAACAUGAUUUUGUUAGUAAGCAUAAUGUGGUUGGUGAAGAUGAUGUUGUUGUCAAUAGUCCUAAUUUGCGGGACGAAAACUUUACUGAGUUUGAGGGAAGUGAUGAUUAUAGUCUAGAUAAAGUUGUUGACGAUAUGUUUUUCAAACAUAACAAUAGGGAAGAGAAAGACUCCAUCGCUAGCAAAACUGACUAUACUGCAAUUUCCAGCCAUUAUGAUCAUAACCUUGACAAAAAGUGAAUGAUUUGUCCUUGAACAAUGAUGCUCAUGAUGAUGAUAGAAUAUGUAUGUAUGAAAGCAAAAGUAUUUUACUUGAUAAAGACACAAGUUCCUAUUGCCUUUUGUCAAGACACGAUGAAAGGAAUGGCGUACAGUCCAAUAAUAUGAAUUUUGGUCAUGAGAAUGUUCUUGAAGAUGACAGUAAUAACUCUAAAGACGAUAUCUUAGUUUUGGAUGUUUCCCGUUCAUCCUUGAAUACAAAAGAAACCUGCAAUGAUCAUAUUCAUACCAAUAUAAUUAUCACGCGAAGUUCCGAUGAUGAAGAAAAAUUUAGUGAUAAUGAUGUGGAUGUUUUAUCAACUGUUAGCGACCAUAGUGACAGAACAGAUUAUAACCAGGACCUAAAGGAUCGGGUAUUUAAAGAUCGUAGGACUGGAAACGAGGAAGAAACUGAUCGCGAAGAAAAUUGUAUUUCAGGGGGAGUCAGGGCUGAAGGAUCAUUUGAUAGUUUCUUCGAUUGUGGUACAUCAUUGAAAAUAAAGUCUCAGGCAGAUGAAGAAGUCAGUUUUAAUAUAUCUGAUCAACCAGAGGCAAAAAUUGUCUUGGUAAGAAGUAAUCAGUCUAUGCUCGAACAAAAGGCAACAAAGCAGUUAAAACAAUUGGAGUCUCAAAAUGAACCCGUGAAGUAUUCACAAGAAUCAAAAAUUCCCAACUUCUUUAUGCCACCAAAAGAUUUAGAACAAUCAAUGAGAUCCUUACGACUUGCUGCAACAUUUCGAAAACACCCUAGACAAGAAGGACAACUUAAACGUUUAAAUGAUGAUGACCAUGAAGUCUUUACUUCUUCAGAAAAAGGCGUAAGAAAGUCGUUUAUUGACUGGAAGAAAAUAAAAGAAAUCAAAAGUACAGGAAGUGUACCAUUAACUAGUGAUGAAACUUCUAGAUUGGCCCGAAUAUUUUCUUCUAAGUUUUCUAAGGAUUGAUUUAUUUUAGUAGUACAAUAGUUCUUGAUUAAAAUUUUUUUAGUUUUAAAA